CGUCAUUUCCUUUCUGAUACUGCCGCUUUCUGCUACUACGGUUGAAGAGUCCGUCAGCGGAGAAGCUUGCGCUACGGGGAUUGAGGACUUCUCUCGCACACGCCGGAGAGUGUGUAUUUGUCUGGCCUGGAGGGGCGGGGCCGGUACGGCACGGCAGCUUCACACUUGUUACCCGCGGCUGUUCCUGCUGGAGAACCAGCCCUGAAGAACCGUGCGAGGCCCAGCCGGACAGGGCCCUUGAACGGAAAGAGUCGGAGGAACCUGCUGCUGAAACUGAGGGCCGAGGAGAGAGUCGCCCGGCAACGGUUAACAGCUGAGGUACUGAUAGAGUUCUGCUCUUCUUCAAUGAGGAACUACAGGCUGAUCUUCUGCCAUAACCUCAAGCAACCAUAAAUGACAAAAGAAUGCUUGGUCAGUGAGGGUAGCUGGCGUAGAAAAUAUUUUGUGAACAUAGGUGUUUAAGUGCUCUGAGAAAGACAGCUUUGAUAUUGGCUGCAUAAAGAUAUGAGGAAGAGCUCCUCCCCUUCUUUGAGUAACUGCAACUCUGUUCUUACUAACAAAAUAUUUGGAAUUCCACUCGAUGAACUGCAGCAGGAAGGACAGCCAGGCAGUGAAGUUCCAUUGGUAGUCCGCCAUGUCGUGGACUAUAUUGAGGAACAUGGAGGUCUAGAACAAGAAGGACUUUUUCAGGUCAAUGGGAAUGCAGAAACAGUGGAGUGGCUUCGGCAAAGAUAUGAUAAUGGAGAAGAUGUGGAUCUGGUUAAAGAAGCAGAUGUACCUUCAGCUAUUAGUCUUCUUAGAUUUUUUCUUCAAGCACUUCCAGAACCAGUUAUCCCUGGUACUCUACAUAUGCAUUUGACACAACUUUGUCAAGAUUAUAACGAAGAUGAAUUUGGAAGAAAGUUGAGGUUCCUCUUGCAACAGAUUCCACCUCUUAAUUACAGCUUGUUAAAGUUUCUGUGUAGAUUUUUAGUUAAUGUAGCAGCUCAUCAUGAAGAAAUUUGGUCUGCAAGUUCUUUGGCUGCAGUUUUUGGUCCUGAUGUCUUUCACAUUUACACAGAUGUGGAAGAUCUGAAAGAGCAAGAACUAGUUAGCAGAAUAAUGGUGGGACUGCUAGAGAAUUAUGAUGAACUCUUUGAAAACGAAGAGGAAGAUUUCUCAUCUAAUGAUUUAAGUUCGAUAACUGAGCAGAUAAAUGAUCUGUUGGAUGAAGAUGAUAUAAAGCUUGAGCAGUCUGAAGAACUGCCAGAAGAAGAAGAAAACAUGGAGGACGCAGAAUAUAGGCAAGAUAUGGAGCCUCAAGAUAUGGUGGAGAGCAUCUUGGAGUCAUGUAAUGUUUCAGCAUCAACAAGUGCUCAUCUCUCCCCCUUAAGCAUCUUGCCAGCCUCUGCAGACAUCUUAGAAAGAACAAUUAGAGCAGCUGUGGAACAACAUCUCUUUGAUCUGCAGAGCAGCAUAGAUCAAGAUCUCAAGAAUUUACAACACCAAGUGGUGUGCCAUGAUGCAAAUAUUGAUGGGGAUGAAGAAGGAUCUAACAACCAGGAUGAUACUGAAAGGAAUGUUACUAAAGAUGGUGAUAAUCUUGGAGACUGCUCUGAAACAGUGGAUUGCACUAAUUUAGACAAUGAAGUCGUACAGCCUGUGUCUGACAAAAAAGAAAUUUAUCAGGAAGCGGGUGUAUUGUUGAAGCCAUGUGCUGGAGGAGGAGAAACUAAAGAGUCUGCUGGAGAUAAGCAAGAUUGUACAUCAUAUGAUGAUGGCGGCAAAUUGACGUCACACAUGAGUCUGGACUUUGUUAGCAAGGUUUGUGAUCCAAAUGUCAAAACAGAAUCAGAAGAACUGAAAAACAGAAAUAAUGCUCCUGAAGCAACAUUGUGUGUUCCUGUGCCACAUUUGGAUUUGAAGAAUGUGAAUGGUGGUGAUAAAUGGGAAGCGCCAUGCCCUAUCACUUUUCCCCUCAUUGAUUUCAAAACAAUGCAUCUACAGAGAGAUGGGGAGGAGCCAUUUCCUGCUUUUAAAUCUUGGCAGGAAGACAGUGAAUCUGGAGAAGCUCAGCUUUCUCCACAAGCUGGAAGAAUGAAUCAUCCUCUGGAAGAGGACAUUCAUCCCAUAUUGUCACAUCGGAGUUUGGAUUUUGGGCAAAGCCAGCGUUUCCUGCAUGAUCCAGACAAAAUAGAUCCUUCAUCUAAAGCACUUUCUUUUGUUAGAACUCGAAGAGCAUCAUUUAGUAGCUCUAAGGAUGACAGAAGGGAAGAAAAAACUCCUUAUCAACUAGUCAAAAAGUUGCAGAAAAAAAUAAGGCAAUUUGAGGAGCAAUUUGAAAAAGACAAACACUUCAAGCCCUCAUAUUCAGAUAUUGCAGCAAACCCAAAGGUUUUAAAGUGGAUGACAGAGCUUACCAAAUUGAAAAAGCAAAUAAAAGAUGCAAAGCACAAAAGCUCAGAUGGAGAAUUCAUACCUCAGACUCGUCCACGAAGUAACACUCUUCCAAAAAGCUUUGGCUCAUCUCUUGAUCAUGAAGAUGAAGAAAAUGAAGAUGAUCUGCGGGCUGUCCAGAAGGAGAAGAAGCCUACAAAGGAGGUCACAGUAGAACUCAUUUUUAAAAGGUUGAAGGAAAAACGAAUAGAAAGAGCUUUACCAGAAGAUAUCAAGAAAAUGACAAAAGAUCAUCUGUCUGAAGAAAAAAUUUUACUCCAAAAAAGUCUCCUGUACUACGAAAGUCAACAUGGACGCCCGGUUUCCAGAGAAGAAAGGAAUAUUGUUAAACCCCUCUAUGACAGAUACAGGCGUGUGAAACAAAUGUUAACUCGAGCAAGCAUUACUCCUAUUCUUGGGUCGCCAUCAACCAAAAGACGCAGCCAGAUGUUACAACCUAUCAUAGAAGGAGAAACAGCCCACUUCUUUGAUGAAAUUAAGGAGGAAGAAGAAGAGGAGGAAGAAGAAGGCAAUCUGUCUUCGGAGCUGUCUGAUUUCCUAAAGUCUAACGCUGAACAAAUGCAAUCCAUUAUUACAAGUCCAUUUGAAAACUCUGAAUCUGAUGUUGAAGAAAGUCAGGAGAAAUUGACUCGAGAGCUCCGUCUCUCUAGUACCUGUGCAGCUUCCAUGCCUGAAUUAUUGGAGCAGCUUUGGAAAGCCAGAGCGGAAAAAAAGAAGUUACGCAAAACACUACGGGAAUUUGAAGAAGGAUUUUAUCAGCAGAAUGGAAGGAAUGUUCAGAAAGAAGACCGUGCUCCCAUGCUUGAUGAGUAUAGAGAAUACAAGAAAGUUAAGGCCAAGUUACGGCUUCUUGAAGUCCUCAUCAGCAAACAAGAUUCCUCAAAAUAAAUAUAAAUUAUGUUUCUUCAUAACGGUGAAAGAUUGUUUACUUAAGCUGUCCAUAGUACUGUUAGAUGUUCUCUUUUGUCUUGCGCUGUUGAAAGAAUGCAUUUUUUUAACAUGUUAUUAUGGUGCCACAUUUGAAAGGCAAGUAGGUUCUAUCUAGAGAGCUAAGGAAAAAUCUUAGAGACUGCUCUGUCCAACGUAAGCAAACAGUUUUCUGCUCAUGAUUUUUUGUAUUACAAAUGCAUGUUGUUCCUGAAAGACUGUAGCACUAGAACCAUUCAAAAACUGUGGACCUGCUAACUUUGUUUCCUCUGCAUUUGUUAGUGUUAUACUGAACUUCUCUGUUGCCUUUUCAUUAUGGGGAACAAUGGCAGCAAAUUAAGAACCCAACUGUGUUACUGAUCACCAAAACUGAACUGAAUGCCUUUCAGAGGACUGCUACGGAGUAUCUUUGAGUUCAAAUGACAUUUGUCAUAUAAUGGUUUAUGAUCUGUGGAUAUUGAAACAUAAAACUCCUAUUUGCUCUGCAGUUUCAGAUGACGAUGGACUAACCAGAAAGUGACCUUGCUUGUUGUAUUUUUAAAACUUGGAAAAAACAGAACGUUUAUAUCACAUAUUGCCUACAAGACUUACAUUACUGUUAAUUUAUCCAAUUAUAAAUUUACUGACUAAUGGUGACUUAUGUAUGUGGUCUCAAUUAGAUGUUGCAUCUUAUCUUUGUAGGAAGACUGUGUUGGUGCUCAGAUAUAUACAGCUCAGUGGGCUUAUGUCAGCUCUGCUGUAUCUGAAAUAAGCUUAUCUUUUCAAGGGCUAAAAUCAAUAAAAUAACAUGACAAGGUGGACAGAGCCAGUUCUGAAAGAAGCAUUUCUGCUGUUUCACAGUUGUAGAAAUGAAAAUGGAUGCAAUUUAACUUUUGUGGCAUUAAACAGAGACAUGGUUCUUGCAUGAUGAAGCUUCAGAACUGAAAUAUUUUGGUGAUAUUUACUUUGCCUAGUGUAGAAGACGCAGCACCCUUUAAUGUUUCUUUAAAUGUGUAUCAUCUGAAAGGUUCUAUCCAGUCCUAUCAUGGUCAUGAUGUCUACACAUAACCUGUGGGGGAGUGCCCUUUUUUAUUUUGCUUCAGUGGCACAUGUGCAGGCACUGCACCCUUGGGUCUGUUAUUGGAUCUUUGUAUGUGACUGCCUCAUCUGUGAGAAGACUGGAUUAACCCUAAGUGUUCAAAUUUGCGCCUUCUUGAAUAUCUUUUGUAUUGUGGCCAUGUUUUUGCAUGUGCCUUCUUGCAUGUGUUAUGAACAGCUAAUAUCAGCGCAGAUAUUGUUUCUCUCUGCUUUCUGAAAGACCAAAAAAGUGAACUUCUGUGAAAUGUUGCUAGCAUGUAAACUCAUCAGGUUGGUGUGUUAACAUGGAAUAGAUAGAAAGUAAGAUUUCAAUACUUCAUACUUGUCUGUUUGCUACGUCUUUCUUUUUACUGUAAUUACAGGCAUGUAAUUUUGAAAUCUUCAAAAGAGCACUAAAGUAAGUUUAUAUUCUGAUGCUUUGCCUUUUAUACAACUAGAAAGGUUUUUUUAGUGGACUGUAGUGAAUUGCAAGGUUCAAAAUUAAGCUGGGGAUGGUUUGUGGCUUUCAUUCAGCUCUAUUGUGCAAUGUACACUUCAAUUACUUUUCUAUCAGUUUGCAGACACCAGUGCAUCCAAACAUUGAAAACUAUGUGUACUGUAUAGUGUUGUACAUGAAUGUUUUAUAUACCACAUGCAAAAUGUCAAUAUGCACUAUUUAAAUGUUUUAAAUAAUAUAUUCCUCCUUUAUAAUGCUUAAAUCUAUAUGAUUCCAAUAUUUUUAUAAAGUGAGUGAUCAGACUGGUUCCACUUCAGAAUUAACAGCUGCUUUUGUGUGUGUCAUGCAGUGUUUGGCUGUUUGUUCAGUACAGUAGCUAGCAUGGCAUCAGUUAUGCUAAGAGUGUGUGUUGUGCCAUCUUUAUUGAGCAAUAAAUGGUAGUGUUAGGCAUUUUGUGAUAUAACAUAGUUUUACUUUGGUAUAAGUAAAAACUAUAUGUGGAUAUAUAGAUAUAUAAAUAUAUAUAAAUAAACCAGAUAUAAAUGAUUGCUAUGUCUGGCAUUUCAUUGUAUAGAUUUUUAUAAUAAAAGGAUCCUUUUAUUGUCAUACUUCA